CUUGGAUGCACUGAGGUGUCUGCUCCAGGUCAUUCUGCAAACAGAAGAUGUGAUCAGAGUUUUUGAAGUCAGACUGUCUGAGGAGGAGACUGUUCCUUUGGAUCUGGACAAAGUGGAGGCUUAUCGGGCAUGUCUGAAGAAAAUGAAAGCAGACCUAAACAUGAAAAAGUCACUGUUGAAUGCCCUGGAAAAUGAACUACAGAAAACGCAUCAGAUCCAUGCACAGUCUUGCCAGUCAUAUGCCCUGUAUGAUAUGGACAUUGGAAAGUUUUCUGAUAAAGUUACCCAACUAAUAGAUCGCUGGCAGAGAGCUGAGAAACAGAUAGAUAACAGAUCCUGGGAUUUGGAAAGGCAGAUCAAACAGCUGAAAACGUACAGAGAUCUAUACCAGGCUCUGAGCAAAUGGGUCUGUGAUGCCAGGCGCAGGCAGGAUUCCAUUGAGUCCAUGAAACUGGGUGACUGCAACACCGUCAUGAGAUAUCUGCAUGAACAGAAGAACUUGCACAGUGAAAUCUGUGGGAAGCGAGACAAAGUUGAAGAGCUUCUCAAGCAUGCAGAUCAGUGCUCAGCUGCGAUUAAG